AUGCUCGCGGUUCUGGGCCUGGGCUCCCUCGAAGAGUUGGUGGAGCGGGCCGUGCCGGAGGGCAUUCGGUUCUCGGGUUCUCUGGAACUGCCGGAGCCCCUCUCCGAAGAGCAGCUUCUGCGCGAAGCCCGGGACAUCGCCGAUGCCAACCGGCCGCUCCGAUCCUGCAUCGGCAUGGGCUACUAUGACUGCUACACGCCCGCCGUCAUCCUCAGGAACAUCCUCGAGAACCCGGGCUGGUACACCGCCUACACGCCCUAUCAACCGGAGAUCUCCCAGGGCCGUCUGGAGGCCCUGUUGAAUUUCCAGACCAUGGUCACGGACCUCACGGCCAUGGACAUCGCCAACGCCUCCAUGCUGGACGAGGGCACCGCGGCCGCGGAAGCCGUGUUCCUGGCCUUCAACGUGGAGCAACAGGGACACGGGCGGAGCCGCGCUCCGCGCCGCAAGCUGUUCGUUUCCGAGGACGCCUUCCCGCAGACCCUGGAGGUGGUGGGCACCCGCGCGGCACCCAUCGGGGUGGAACUGGUCACGGAUGCCGCGUGCGGAGAGCCCCCGGCCGACGCGUUCGCCGGGUUUAUCCAGUAUCCCGCCGCCAGCGGGGCGAUCCCGGACCUGAAGGCGUUCGUCCGCCAAUGCCGGGAGCGCAACAUGGUGAGCAUCGUCGCCACCGAUCUGCUCAGCCUGUGCCUGCUGACACCCCCCGGAGAAAUGGGCGCGGACAUCGUCGUCGGCAGCGCCCAGCGCUUCGGAGUGCCCAUGGGCUUCGGCGGCCCCCACGCCGGCUUUCUCGCCACCCGUGAGAGGUACAAGCGCAUGCUUCCCGGGCGGCUGGUGGGGGUCUCCCGGGACGUCCACGGACAGCCGGCGCUGCGGCUGGCCUUGCAGACCCGCGAACAGCACAUCCGCCGGGAGAAGGCCACCAGCAACAUCUGUACGGCGCAGGUGCUGCUGGCGGUCAUGGCUGCCAUGUAUGCGGUCUACCACGGUCCGUCGGGUCUCAGGAACAUCGCGGCGCGGGUUCACCGCCACGCCUCCUUUCUGGCGGAACGGCUCACCGACGCGGGGUUCACGCUGGCCGCCGACAGCUUCUUCGACACCCUCCGUGUGGCGGUCGACGCCGACAAGGCCGACGGCAUCCAGCGGUCGGCGGCGGAGCGCGGCAUCAAUCUCGGACGGCCCUCCAGCGGUCAGUUGCACAUCUCGCUGGACGAGACUACCAGCGGGCAAGAGCUACAGGAUCUGUUACGAGUCUUCGGUGUCCCGAUGGGGGACGAUGAUCCGGUCACCGCCAUGGCGCGGGAGGCGCGUGCGCACCUGCCGGAGGGUUACGUCCGCCAAAGUCCGUUCCUGGAAGCGGAGGUGUUCAACCGGCACCACUCCGAGACCCAGAUGCUGCGCUACAUGGCGCGGCUUCAGGCCAAGGACCUGAGCCUGGUGCACUCCAUGAUUCCCUUGGGCUCCUGCACCAUGAAGCUCAACGCCACCGCCGAAAUGAUUCCCGUGACGUGGCCGGAGUUCGCCCGGAUGCAUCCCUUCGCGCCGGCGGACCAGACCGGCGGAUACCGCCGGCUGAUCGCCCGGCUCGAGGAGUGGCUGGCUGCCAUUACCGGGUUUGCCGCGGUGUCGGUGCAGCCCAAUGCCGGCUCCCAGGGCGAGUACUCGGGGCUGCUGGUGAUCCGGAAGUAUCACGCCGCCAACGGCCAGGAGCAGCGCGACGUGUGCCUCAUUCCCAGCUCCGCCCACGGCACCAAUCCGGCCAGCGCGGUGCUGGCGGGCAUGAGCGUGGUGGUGGUGGACUGUGAUGAUGACGGCAACAUCGACCUGACCGACUUGCGCGCCAAGGCCGACCGCUUCGGCGACCGUCUCGCCGCCCUCAUGGUCACCUAUCCCUCCACCCACGGCGUGUUCGAGGAAGCCAUCACCGACAUCUGCCACGCGGUGCACGAGCGGGGCGGCCAGGUCUACCUGGACGGCGCCAACCUCAACGCGCUGGUGGGGCUGUGCCUGCCCGGACGCAUCGGACCGGACGUGUGCCACCUGAACCUUCACAAGACGUUCUGCAUUCCUCACGGAGGGGGCGGCCCGGGCGUCGGGCCCCUGGCCGUGGGAGAGCAUCUCAAGACCUAUCUCCCUUCGCACGGGGUGGUGCCUGAAUGCGGCCCGCCCGAGGGCAUCACCGCGGUGUCCUCGGCGCCCUGGGGCAGCGCGGGCAUUCUGCCGAUAUCCUGGGCCUAUAUCGCCAUGAUGGGGCCGCGGGCCUGA